UGGGGAGUUUCAAGCGAGAAAUGACCUUCACGUUUCAAUCAGAGGACUUAAAACAUGACUGCGGUAAGAAGCCAUCUCAGCACAUGUUCCCACUGGCCAUGGAGGAAGGCAUGAAAGCAGUGGACACCAAGAAAGCCAACCGAAUCCUUGACCAAGAGAAAGAAAACACUCGGUCCAUUUGCCUCCUUGAGCAGAAGCGAAAAGUGGUUUCGUCUAAUAUCGAUGUCCCCCCAGCAAGGAAGUCUUCAGAGGAACUGGAUAUGGACAAGGUGACUGCGGCCAUGGUACUAACCAGCUUGUCAACCAGCCCUUUGGUCCGAAGCCCUCCUGUGCGACCUAACGAGGGCCUCAGCGGGUCCUGGAAGGAGGGCGCACCGUCCAGCAGCAGCAGCAGCGGCUAUUGGAGCUGGAGCGCUCCCAGCGACCAGUCCAACCCGUCCACACCUUCACCGCCCUUGUCCGCCGACAGCUUCAAGCCCUUCCGUAGCCCAGCGCCACCGGAUGAUGGCAUCGACGAGGCCGAGGCCAGCAACCUGCUCUUCGACGAGCCCAUCCCCAGGAAGAGAAAGAACUCCAUGAAGGUGAUGUUCAAAUGCCUUUGGAAAAACUGUGGCAAGGUGCUGAACACGGCAGCGGGCAUCCAGAAGCACAUCCGGGCCAUCCACCUCGGGCGAGUUGGGGAGUCUGACUACAGUGACGGAGAAGAGGACUUCUACUACACUGAGAUCAAGCUCAACAUGGACUCGGUGGCUGAGGGCUUGGGCGGCACGGCUCCUCUCUCUCCCUCCCAGUCCCUGGCUUCACCUCCUACGUUUCCUGUCCCAGACUCCAGCCGAACUGAAAUUCCUUGUGCCAAAACAGACACCAAGCUAAUGACGCCGCUGAGCCGCUCAGCGCCCACCACCCUCUACCUCGUGCACACUGACCAUGCUUACCAGGCCACACCCCCAGUGACUAUUCCGGGAUCUGCAAAGUUCACCCCCAAUGGUAACAGGUUCAGCAUUCCCUGGCAGUCACCCCCAGUCACUUUCACCGGCAUUCCCGUGUCUCCAACGCAUCACCACUCAGCGGGCUCAGGAGAGCAGAGACAGCAUGCCCACACGGUCCUGUCCUCCCCGCCCAGAGGGACAGUCAGUCUAAGGAAGCCUAGAGGUGAAGGCAAAAAGUGCCGCAAGGUUUACGGAAUGGAGAAUCGGGACAUGUGGUGUACCGCCUGCCGUUGGAAGAAAGCCUGCCAGCGAUUCAUCGACUGAGCCAGCAAGCAGGCU